CUUUGAGGGUAGUUAGUUGGACACGGCGUUGCCGAAAACGGGCCACCUCAGCUGCCGCACAAUACAUUUUUGGCCAUGUACAUAAAACCAAAAGCCGUUUAAAUCAUAAACACAAAAUGCAAUUAGCCAGCGAGCGCACGCCACGAGAGUCAACAGACUAACUAACUAACUAAGCCAGUGUCAUCGAGUGAACUAAAUUAGUGCAAGCAGCUAGCCGAACCGGAACCGGAAAUGCCCAUUGAGCCGCCCGACAACGAACACAUAAACAAACACAACCGCCAUUGCAUUGCCAGCGGCCAUAAAGACGAGCAACAAAUCGCCCACACACACAUGUAGUUGCAGCUCGGCGCGUGUGUGUGUGUGUCAGUGUGUGCGGGCUCUGAAAACCGGAAGCGGAAGUCGAGGAGCAGCCGGAUUAGAAGGAUUCGAAAGAGGAGCUAGAGGAGCUGGAGGAGCAGGGGGAGCAGCUAGAUUGGCCAGUUUUUCAUUCGCCCGCAGUUCGUUAAGGAAAAUCAUUCAAAAUUCAUCGCCUAAGCAAAGCGGAUGCCGCACAAGAGAGAGAGAGAGAGAGAGAGUCGCGAAUAGAUCAAUCAAUUAAUCAAUCAAAACCGAGCAUAUCAACCGAGAGGCCAAUACAAUAAACCAACCCAGAGAACCGAAAUCAAAGUUCAACGUUGCAUUUAGCGUUUGCCCAGUUCAACUUCCCGUUCCCGUUCCAGUUGCAGUUCCAUUUGGCACUUGAUUGCAUGCCGCGGAUGAGCCGCGGAUUAUGUCACGUGACGAUUAUAAUCCAGUAACUAGCUCUGGUGUGCGCAGUCCGGGUCGCGUGCGGCGUCUCCAGGAAUUGCCGACGGUCGAUCGAUCCCCAUCCCGGGACUACGGCGCUCCACGCGGAAGUCCUUUAGCAAUGGGCAGUCCAUACUACCGCGACAUGGAUGAGCCAACCAGUCCGGCCGGAGCGGGUCACCAUCGCAGCCGGAGCGCCAGCAGACCACCGAUGGCCCAUGCCAUGGACUAUCCAAGAACCCGCUACCAAUCGCUGGAUCGCGGCGGACUCGUCGAUCCCCACGAUCGCGAGUUCAUACCCAUUCGGGAGCCUCGCGAUCGUUCCCGGGACAGGUCCUUAGAAAGGGGACUGUAUCUAGAGGACGAGCUCUAUGGCAGAUCGGCCAGGCAGAGUCCCAGUGCCAUGGGUGGAUAUAAUACGGGCAUGGGCCCCACAUCGGAUCGAGCUUAUUUGGGCGACCUGCAGCACCAGAACACCGACCUGCAGCGGGAGCUGGGCAACCUGAAAAGGGAACUGGAGCUGACCAACCAAAAGCUGGGCAGCUCGAUGCACAGCAUCAAGACCUUCUGGUCGCCGGAGCUCAAGAAGGAGCGGGCCCUGCGCAAGGAGGAGAGUGCCAAGUACAGUCUGAUCAAUGAUCAGUUGAAGCUACUAAGCACGGAGAAUCAGAAACAAGCCAUGUUGGUGCGUCAGCUGGAGGAGGAGCUGCGCCUGCGGAUGCGGCAGCCCAACUUGGAGAUGCAGCAGCAGAUGGAGGCGAUCUACGCGGAGAACGACCACUUGCAGCGGGAGAUCAGCAUCCUGCGCGAGACGAUCAAGGAUCUCGAGUGCCGGGUGGAGACCCAGAAGCAAACGCUGAUUGCCCGCGACGAGAGCAUCAAGAAGCUGCUGGAAAUGCUGCAGGCCAAGGGAAUGGGCAAAGAGGAGGAGCGCCAGAUGUUCCAGCAGAUGCAGGCCAUGGCCCAGAAACAGAUGUACAAUACCUACACGGGCGCCAGCGGAAGCAGUCCCCCAUUGCCGGACAUUAUUGGGCAGUACUACGGGCCGGGUGGUCUGGGUCCGGGCCCCCUGUCCUACGGCUCGGGCAAUGGUUACGCCCCAGCGGGCUACGAUCUGUACGGACCCUCGACCUCGCAGGCAGCCGUGGGGGGUUACGGACUGUACGAUCCCCAGAUCUAUGGACCGUGUCAGACCUCACCGAUCCGAAGAAGGCGUUACAGUAUUGCCGGCCUACCCUCGGCCACCAUGUAUAAUGAUGUCUAUGGCUAUCCUGCACCUCCUUUGCAACAGACCAGCUCUUCGAAUAUAGUAAAUCUACUGAACGAGGCCCACAAGUCAAUAUCGCGCAGUUCGCAGAUCCUAAAUCUUACGAAUCAGGCCCGUCAGCUGGGUCAGCUGGUGACGACGCCCCUGGGCGGUCCCGUGGGCAUGGGCCUGGGUCGAGUGGUCUCCAGCUAUCCCACCCUGCAUCCGGGGGAUACUUCGCCGCCCUACCUCAACGACAACCUAAUGCAAAUGUCCACAAGCUUCUCGUCGCAGCCCAAUAUGUACUUCCAGCCGCAGGGGCAGCAGCAGGUGCAGCAAGUCCUUCCCAGUCAACUGACGGCGGCCCAAAGUGCGGCUGCAGCGGCAGCCCGACUGCGACCGGCCUACUCCGUGACGAAUCUGGUGUCCAACUAUCCAACUACCAACUAUGGCAGCUGCAAGUACGGGGGCUAUGGUAAUCCCUACCAAAGCGAUUUGGGCUAUGGCAAUCCACUGGCCCCCUUCCAGCAGCGCCAACUGAUGGCCCACCAAUCGCUGCAUGCCUCCAAUCCCGCCAUUUCGCAGUAUUACCAGAAUCAGGGAUUGGGAUCGGGAGCAUCGGCGGCGGCUUUGGCCUACAAUCUGCAGCAACAGUUCGCGGGAACGCAGCACUAUGGAGGCGGAUCUCAGGGCCCACCGUUGGGACACUCGCACAUCCAGGCAUCGGUGCAACAGCAGAUGCAUCCGCAGUAUCAGUACCAUGUGCAUCAGCAUCAGAAUCACCUGCAGACACAUCCACUGGCGGCGUUGGCCAAUACAAGUGGACCAUUUGGUGGAACGCUCGCUAGCAGUGCCCGGGAUUAUGUGGAUGGACUGCAUCAUGCGGCCCACUCACAUACGCAUCCGCAUACGCAUCCGCAUUCGCAUCCGCACCACACCACGCAUCAUUCGCAUCACACGGCAUAUCCGCACUCGCAUUCGCACCAUCAGCAGCAGCAGCCGCAUCAAGCCCACCAUCAUCACCAUCUGCCAUACUCGAAACUAGACUUAGAUUACCCGAAACUGCCGCAAGAGCAUAAGCGACAACUGGACGAAUUCCGUCUUGAAAUACAGAGAAGGGAUCAAGAGAUCCUGGCGAUGGCGGCCAAAAUGAAAACCCUCGAGGAGCAGCACCAGGACUACCAGCGGCACAUAGCGGUGCUCAAGGAGUCGCUAUGUGCCAAAGAGGAGCACUACAACAUGCUGCAGACGGACGUCGAGGAGAUGCGCGCCCGCCUUGAGGAGAAGAACCGCCUGAUCGAGAAGAAGACCCAGGGCACCCUGCAGACUGUUCAGGAGCGCAAUCGCCUCACCAGCGAGCUCACCGAGCUCAAGGACCACAUGGACAUCAAGGACCGCAAGAUCAGCGUGCUGCAGCGCAAGAUCGAGAACCUGGAGGAUCUCCUCAAGGAGAAGGACAACCAGGUGGACAUGGCGCGGGCCCGUCUGUCAGCCAUGCAGGCCCACCACAGCAGCUCCGAGGGGGCCCUGACCAGCCUAGAGGAGGCCAUCGGCGACAAGGAGAAGCAGAUGGCCCAGCUGCGGGAUCAGCGGGAUCGUGCCGAGCACGAGAAGCAGGAGGAGCGGGAUCUCCAUGAGCGCGAGGUGGCCGACUACAAAAUCAAGCUGCGGGCCGCCGAGAGUGAGGUGGAGAAGCUGCAGACGCGUUUGGAGCGAGCGGUCACCGAGCGGGAACGGCUGGAGAUCAAGCUGGAGGCCUCGCAGAGCGAACUGGGCAAGUCGAAGGCCGAGCUGGAGAAGGCCACCUGCGAAAUGGGCCGGAGCAGCGCCGACUGGGAGUCCACCAAGCAGAGAAUCGCCCGUUUGGAACUGGAGAACGAGCGGCUGAAACACGAUCUGGAACGUUCGCAGAAUGUACAAAAGUUAAUGUUCGAAACGGGCAAGAUAUCGACAACGUUUGGCAGGACCACGAUGACCACGUCCCAGGAACUGGAUCGAGCCCAGGAGAGGGCCGAUAAGGCCUCGGCCGAACUGCGACGCACCCAGGCCGAACUGAGAGUCACACAGUCGGAUGCGGAGAGAGCACGUGAAGAGGCGGCCGCCCUGCAGGAGAAACUGGAGAAGAGCCAGGGCGAGGUGUACCGACUCAAGGCGAAGCUGGAGAAUGCCCAGGGCGAGCAGGAGAGUCUGCGCCAGGAGCUGGAGAAGGCGCAGAGCGGUGUCUCUCGCAUCCACGCCGAUCGCGAUCGGGCCUUCUCCGAGGUGGAAAAGAUCAAGGAGGAGAUGGAGCGCACCCAGGCCACGUUGGGCAAGUCGCAGCUGCAGCACGAGAAACUGCAGAAUUCGCUGGACAAGGCCCAGAACGAGGUCGAUCAUCUGCAGGAUAAGCUGGACAAGAUGGGCACGGAGAACCGUCGCCUGGUCCUCGAGAAGGAGAAGCUCACCUACGACUACGACAACCUGCAGUCGCAACUGGACAAGGCCUUGGGCCAGGCGGCCAGGAUGCAGAAGGAGCGCGAGACCCUCUCGUUGGACACGGAUCGCAUACGCGAGAAGCUGGAGAAGACGCAGGUGCAACUGGGUCGCAUCCAGAAGGAGCGGGAUCAAUUCUCCGACGAGCUGGAGACGCUCAAGGAGCGCUCGGAAUCGGCGCAGACCCUCUUGAUGAAGGCCGCCCGCGAUCGGGAGGCAAUGCAAACGGAUCUGGAAGUCCUGAAGGAGCGCUACGAGAAGUCCCAUGCCAUUCAGCAGAAACUCCAGAUGGAGCGUGACGAUGCGGUCACCGAGGUGGAGAUCCUCAAGGAGAAGCUGGACAAGGCACUGUAUGCCAGCCAAAAGCUGAUCGACGAGAAGGACACCUCCAACAAGGAGUUCGAGAAGAUGCUGGAGAAGUACGAUCGGGCCCAGAACGAGAUAUACCGCCUGCAGUCCCGCUGCGAUACGGCCGAGGCGGAUCGAGCUCGCCUGGAGGUGGAGGCGGAACGAUCCGGGCUGGCAGCCGGCAAGGCUCGCGAGGAUCUGCGCAAGCUGCAGGACGAGAGCACACGGCUGCAGGAGGCCUGCGAUCGGGCGGCGCUCCAGCUGAGCCGCGCCAAGGAGUGCGAGGAUAAUGCGCGCAGCGAGCUGGAGCACAGUCGCGAUCGCUUCGACAAGCUGCAAACGGACAUCCGCCGGGCCCAGGGCGAGAAGGAUCACUUCCAGUCGGAGCUGGAGCGAGUCACCUACGAGCUGGAGCGUGCCCAUGCCGCCCAGACCAAGGCUGGUGCCAGCGUGGAGGCGGCCAAGGAGGAGGCGGCCCACUAUGCCGUCGAGCUGGAGAAGAUGCGCGAUCGGUACGAGAAGAGCCAGGUGGAGUUGCGCAAGCUCCAGGACACGGACACGUUUGGCCGGGAGACCCGACGUCUCAAGGAGGAGAACGAGCGGCUGCGCGAGAAGCUGGACAAGACGCUCAUGGAACUGGAGACCAUACGCGGCAAGUCGCAGUACGAGUCGGAGUCCUUCGAGAAGUACAAGGACAAGUACGAGAAGAUCGAGAACGAAGUGCAGAACAUGGAGUCGAAGCUGCACGAGACCAGUCUCCAGCUGGAGCUGUCCAAGGGCGAGGUGGCCAAGAUGCUGGCCAUGCAGGACAAGCAGCGAUCCGAACUGGAGAGGGCACACAUCGAGCGGGAGAAGGCGCGGGACAAGCACGAGAAGCUGCUGAAGGAGGUCGAUCGUUUGCGCCUGCAACAGUCCUCGGUGAGCCCCGGCGAUCCGGUCCGAGCGUCGACGUCCUCAUCCGCCGCUCUGUCCGCUGGCGAGCGGCAGGAGAUCGACCGCCUGCGGGAUCGCCUCGAGAAGGCGCUGCAGUCGCGCGACGCCACCGAGCUGGAGGCCGGUCGCUUGGCCAAGGAACUGGAGAAGGCGCAAAUGCAUCUGGCCAAGCAGCAGGAGAACACCGAGUCCACGCGCAUCGAGUUCGAGCGCAUGGGCGCCGAGCUGGGACGCCUCCACGAUCGCCUCGAGAAGGCGGAGGCCGAGCGGGAGGCGCUGCGUCAGUCCAGCCGAGGUGGCGCCACCGCAGCUGCCCCCCAUCCACAGCUGGAGAAGCAUGUCCAGAAGCUGGAGUCCGAUGUCAAGCAGCUGGCGGUGGAGCGGGAACAACUGGUGCUGCAGCUGGAGAAGAGCCAGGAGAUCCUUAUGAACUUCCAGAAGGAGCUGCAGAACGCCGAGGUGGAGCUGCAAAAGACGCGCGAAGAGAAUCGCAAGUUGCGCAAUGGCCACCAAGUACCACCCGCCGCUGCCCCUGCCGCAACACCCGGAGCCUCUCCCGCCGAGAUUCAGGCCAUGCAGAAGGAGAUCCAGACGCUGCAGCAGAAGCUGCAGGAGUCGGAGCGUGCCCUCCAGGCAGCUGGUCCCCAGCAGGCUCAGGCCGCAGCGGCGGCCCAAGGAGCGAGUCGCGAGGAGAUCGAGCACUGGCGCAAGGUCAUCGAGCAGGAGAAAGGACGCGCCGACAUGGCCGACAAGGCCGCCCAGGAGAUGCACAAGCGCAUUCAGCUUAUGGACCAACACAUCAAGGAUCAGCACGCCCAGAUGCAAAAGAUGCAGCAGCAGAUGCAACAGCAGCAGCAGCAGGCGGCGCAGCAGCAACAGUCCGCAGCAAGUGCCGGCGGAGCGGACGCCAAGGAGAUGGAGAAGGUCAGGGGCGAGCUCCAGGCAGCCUGCACCGAGCGGGAUCGCUUCCAGCAGCAGCUGGAACUCCUGGUCACAGAGCUGGAAAAGAGCAAGAUGUCCAACCAGGAGCAAGCGAAGCAACUGCAGACCGCGCAGCAACAAGUGCAGCAACUGCAGCAACAGGUACAACAGCUGCAACAGCAGAUGCAACAACUGCAGCAGGCCGCCAGUGCGGGUGCAGGCGCCACCGAUGUGCAGCGCCAGCAGCUGGAGCAGCAACAGAAGCAACUGGAGGAGGUGCGCAAGCAGAUCGACAACCAGGCCAAGGCCACCGAGGGCGAGCGCAAGAUUAUCGACGAGCAGCGCAAGCAGAUCGACGCCAAGCGCAAGGACAUCGAGGACAAGGAGAAGAAGAUGACCGAGUUCGAUGUCCAGCUGCGCAAGCGCAAGGAGCAGAUGGACCAGCUGGAGAAGUCCCUCCAGACGCAAGGAGGCGGAGCGGCGGCCGCCGGCGAGCUCAACAAGAAGCUCAUGGACACGCAGCGACAGUUGGAAGCAUGCGUCAAAGAGCUGCAGAACACAAAGGAGGAGCACAAGAAGGCGGCAACCGAAACGGAGCGUUUGCUGCAAUUGGUACAAAUGUCUCAGGAGGAGCAGAAUGCCAAGGAGAAGACCAUCAUGGAUUUGCAACAAGCCUUAAAGAUCGCUCAAGCCAAAGUCAAACAAGCACAAACGCAGCAACAGCAGCAGCAGGAUGCUGGGCCAGCUGGCUUCUUGAAGAGCUUUUUCUAAACAGUGCCCCUGGAAAACCAAAGAUUCACACAUCUUCAGAUGCAGAUGAGGCAAAAGGAAUACACCCGUACUAUUUACCCAAAGCGAUAAUGGAAAACCAAAAACAGCAAGAAAUUAUCAAAAGCACUGUCUACUAUU